CAUCAACCAUAAACCUCCUCAUCCAACACGUGGCACACAGACAGAGGCAACCGCAGCCUUUUGUUAACUAGGACAUACACGGACACACACACGCGCAAGCGCAAGAGAUACCAGAGAACCUCGACCGCGAUGGUGAGCCUCUCGACCGGCGUCCUGGGCGCCCUGAGCAUCGCGUCCCUCGUCCUCUCCGUCCCGCUCAUCGGCGUUGGCUCCUACCUCAACGACCACGCCGCCGGCGCCACCGAGUGCCAGCGCCUGCUUCGCCUCCCGGUCCUCGCGCUGGGCGGCGGGAUCCUGCUCCUCUCCCUCAUGGCGCUCGCCGGCGCGUGCUGCCGCCCGUGCAACCCGCUCCUCUUCCUCUACGUGAUCGCCAUGUUCUUCCUCGUCAUCGGCAUGUUCUUCGUCACCGUCUUCACCUACGCCGUCACCAACAAGGGCGCCGCCACGGCCGCCUCCGGAAGCGGCUACGGAGACUACCGGAUCGGGGACUACUCCGACUGGCUCAAGGACAAGGUCGGGGACUACGACACGUGGCGGCAGAUCCAGAGCUGCAUGGCUGACUCGGGCAUCUGCGGCGAUGGCCACUUCAGUGGACGGUUCGGUGGCGUCGCCGCCGGAAUCGACGCUACCGACUUCUACCGCCUGAAUCUGCCGCUCCUCCAGUCCGGCUGCUGCAAGCCGCCGGCGUACUGCGGGUACCGGCCGGUGAACGCGACGUUCUACGAGGCCCCGGCGAGCGGCCUGGACACGACGGAUGCGGACUGCCAGGCGUGGAGCAACGAGCAGAGCUUGAUGUGCUUCCGCUGCAACGCGUGUAAGAACGCCGCGCUGGCCACCGCCAAGAGCAACUGGCGGGUCGUGGCCGGCGCCAACGUCGCCGCCCUUGUGCUCCUCACCUUCGCCUACUCCCUCGGCUGCUGCGCCCUCCGCAACAACGACCGCCGCCGCCGUCACUACUACUGAUCGCUUAGUUUGGUCUUCUUCCAUGCAUGCAUGAAUUUUCUAAGAGGUUAGAAAUACGGCGCUAGCUUGACCAUCGGAAGGUGACAUGCAUGGGAAUGAAUGAAUGAUGCAGAGGCCUCUGAAGAGUCUGAACACCAGCACUUUUCAGAAGUCUUGAACCUUGGUUUCCACGGCACAUAUCACCUACUCCUGCAUACCCAGACGAGUACCCUUUAGGACGUACAAUGGUUGAUAAGACGGUCUUAUGCCUUUUGGUAUGACAACAAAACAUGGUAUACAAUGGAUUAUUUUUUAGUCUUAUCUUUAGCCUCGUGUAUUCCUAAAAAUAUGGUGAGACAUAUUGUGCUAAGAGAUGAUCUCUUAGCCAAGAGAAGGCAAAGAUCUUUUUUUGUUUCUC